UGAAAAUGGAUUAAAAUCUAAAGAAAUUGCAAGAUUUGCUCAUUAAUGAAAUUAUUAAUAAAUAGUAUAAUGAGGAGGAUUUCCAAAGCUAUGCUUAUGAAAAAUAUCCUGAUAAAGGUAAAAUUUUGCAUAAUUUUAAAGAUGAAUUGUAUAAGUGGGAUUUCGAUGAUUUAAAUUUAUUAGUCAAACAAUAUUAAUAAUUAUAAAAUCAAAAGGCAGGCAAUAAAGAUUAAAUAAUUUCUCAAGAAUAGUCACAUAAAGUAAAUCAUAUAUUUGAUUAUAGAUCAAUUAAUAAAAUUAAGUUCAAAAUUUUUAAGAUGAGAAUUGUGAGACUCGUGUUUUGAAACAAAGUAGAUUAAUUCCAAAAAGAUCAACAGCCAAAUCAGUUUUUCCUAAUUCAAUAACUAAGGAAUAAGCAUAAUAGAAUGCCUAUACCAAAGAUGAUUUAUAAAUUCUAGAAAUGAUUUAUAAGGAGAGGUGUUAAAUUCAAUUUGUAAUACUUUACCCUAAGCAUAGGACAAUUAAAUUGUAUUUUCUGAAUAUGAGAAAGAUCAUGUAUGUCAAAAGAAAAUAUAAUAUAUUGAAGAGAAUGUAAAACUUAGUUUUAAAGUUACUACUAUUAAUACUAAAAAUCUAAUUUUUUCAAAUUAGGUAUUUUGUAUUGAGACCUAACCAUUUAACUGGAAAGUCGAAAGAUCAAAAGAAGAUCUUUGGACUUUGGAAAAAAUAAUGUUAAUGUAUUUUCCAGAGUAUUCUGGAUAUAAACUUUAAUAUGAUCAAAAAUAGAAUUUUCAAUUACAUUUGGAGGUAAUAAUCAAUUUAAUAAUUCAAGAAUGCCUUAAAUACUUACUAUAACAAACCAAAAACAAGGUGUCUUGAUUAUUUUUUGUUAUUUUUAAACGAUAAUAAGGCUAAUGAACUCCGUCUGAAAAAUUUUAGCCAUUAUACAUAAAAUGAGAAAAAUAUUAGAAAUGCUUAAUUAAAUCAUUUAUCCUCACCUUCAGGUUAACUAAAAAUUGAAUUUAGUAAUUAAAAUUAUUAAGCUUACAAAAGACUCUAAAAUUAUCAAAAUUAAUUCUAUAAAAACUAUAAAAUUUUUGAAAAACAGAUUUAGGAAUCUUAAUAAAUCAUUUAUUAAGAAAUUGAAAAGAUGAAAUAUUAAUUAAUACUAUUAAGAGAGUCUAAUAAAAAAAUAGUAUUUAUUUAAAUAGAUUUUAGUUUAUUUAAGAUGAAUUUGCUCAAAAAAUACCUUAAUUCAAUUUUGAAAUAUUUUAUGACCAAAUUUAUGUGGCUCUUAAUAUAAGUAAUGAAUCUAAAAAGUUUAUUUCUAAUACACUGGAAUAAAUCUCAAAAAAAAUAAGCCAAAACACUAAUGUUUUGGAAUAACCACUAAUUAAAUGCUCUAAAAAUGAACAUGAACUUAGGAAUAUUUAUAUAAAUAAAUUUUUGACAAAUAAAUAACAAUUUUUAGAUGACAAAGAAAUUUAAAGUAAACUAAACUUUUAUGGUUUAAAUGUAAAGUCUUUUUCGGAUUAUUAAUAUGAAACAAUAUCAUCAAUAAUACCUGAUAUAUUUCCAUUAAAAUUCGAUUUAAAUUAUGAAGUUCUUCAGAAAUGUAAAGAUGAAUUUGCAUAUCACCUCCAAUAAGUACUUUUGGAAGCCUAAAUAGUUCUUUCAGAAUCAUUUGCAGACAUCAACCUUACCUGUAAGAACAAUUUUAAUGAGUUCACUCAAGCAAUAAACAACUCAAUAAAUAGUGAUAAGAACACAUGA